AUGGGGCCCUUGAACAGUCGGAUCCUGCGAUCCUGGGAAUCAGACACAGCUGAUCCGCAGCAGCCAGAAGUCCAGGCAGGCCCCAGUUAUGUGACUGGCAGCCAUAAACGCAAACAGAGCAGUGGACCCUGUUUGGGCCCAGAAUCUGAGAAUAACCACAGUUUUCUAGACAACAAAGAGGAUCUACAACAAGUCAUCAGAACAAGCCAAGGUAAAAAAGUUAAGAUCACAUCAGAGUAUGCUUACCAAACUUUAUUUUUGAAUGGGGAAACCAGUGACAUUAAAAUCCGUGCUCUGGGGAAAGUAUGGUGUUUACACAAAAUGUUUUUAUGUCAGUUGGACUACUUUGCUACGAUGUUUAGAAGUUCUUCGAAAGAAUCUCAUGAAGGUAUUAUUGAUCUGGAGAUUGCUGACCAGAAUAUAGAUGCAGAAUCCCUGCACUUUGUACUAGGUUCAUUGUACAGGGGUGAAUGCAUCUUAAUGGAGCCGUUUCAAGUUCCAGGGGUUUUGGCAACUGCGUGCCUGCUUCAAGUAAAGAAGGUAAUUCAGCAGUGUGAUAAAACCAUGAAGGAAACAAUUAAUGUGAAAACUGUAUGUAGCUAUUAUGUUGCAGCAGAGGCCUAUGGGUUAGAUUCUGUAAAGAAAGGGUGUUUUGAAUGGCUUCUCCACAAUUUGAUGACUCAUCCAAGUGUUGAACUGUACAAAGAACUGAAUAUAGAGCUUAUGAAUCUGCUCAUUUCAUCUUCUAAUUUAUUAGUAAUGCAAAAGGAAAUGGAUGUAUACACCACACUUAAAGAGUGGAUGUUCCUUCGUCUUAAUCCAGCUUGGAAAGGAUCAAUGAAACAACUGUUAGCUAAUGCAAACAACUGGUUUUCCAGAAACAGGGAACGUGUUGGUAACAUUGCCUUUCUUGAAACUAAAGAAGGCAUAGUAUUUCAAUCAGUGUUUAAAAAUUUGAGGUUUCAGCAUAUCAUCUGUGACCUGGCCUCCACGAGAGUUAUUGAACAAGAUACUUUAAUACCUUCCGAAUGGUUAUCAUCUAUUUAUAAACGACAAUGGUUUACCUUUCUUAGAGCACAACAGUACAAGGAAAUUGGGCCUAGAGACAUCAAUGAAACAGAACUUGAAGAAUAUAGCAUGAGAUGUGGCAAAAGGAUUGUCAAGGAUGGGAAGUACUCCUGGAAGUGGUCAGGUUACAACUUUGGCUUUCCUUUACAUGUCAUCUUCACCAGCCAUUAUAUAAUUUUCAAACAAAAUACUUUCUGUCAGCCAUAUGAUGAUUCAACCUGUUUACAACCUCUCAGAAAUAUUGCCUUCAGAUUAACUUUAGUAUAUUUUGAUUCUAAUGGAAAAUUGAGUUUCAGCAAAACCACUGGCUAUAAAAUCCUUACCUUUGAAAAGGAUGAGGAACAAGUUGUAAUGAAGCUGGAUAGCAUAGCUCUGAGUUUCCCUUUAUAUAUAUUCUGUAACUUCCUGUUUAUAUCAUUAGAAAAUCCAGGAAAUUGA